UUAAGAGAAAAAAAAAAAAAAAAAAUCUGACCAUUUGGGCUUCAGAUUGAAGGUUUUAGCCUCUUUUUAGGGUUAUUAUUUUCAGGGUUUUAGGGUUCAUCUUUCUCUCUCUUCUCAAUCGCUCUCUCUUUGCCAAAUCCUCUUUCCUCAAUCGUCAUCAACCAUGGACAAAUACACCAGAGUUGAGAAGCCUAAGCCUGAAAUCCCGAUUAACGAGAAUGAAAUUCGCAUCACUACUCAAGGUCUUAUUCGCAAUUACAUCAGCUAUGCCACCACUCUUCUUCAGGAGAAGAAUGCCAAAGAAAUUGUUUUAAAAGCAAUGGGGCAGGCAAUUAGCAAAACUGUGGCUAUUUCAGAGAUAAUAAAGAAAAGAAUCCCCAACUUGCACCAAGACAUUGUCAUCAGCUCCGUCAGUAUCACAGAUUUCUGGGAACCCAUUGAAGAGGGUCUAGAACCUAUGGAAACUAUGCGUCAAGUAUCAAUGAUCUCUAUCACUCUAUCAACUGAAGAGCUAAACAAGAACUCUCCAGGGUAUCAAGCUCCAUCCCAGAAUGAGCAACCGAAACAGCAGAAUUACUAUCAGCAGCAGCAACUUCAACCUAGACAAGAACGUGGUGAAUCAUAUGGUCGCGGGCGUGGUAGAGGGAGAGGCCGAGGCCGAGGGCAGAACUGGGGAAGGGGCGGCUAUGGUUCAUAUCAGGAUAAUGGAGGUUACUCAAACUGGGGCAGAGGAGGUGGACGAGGUAGAGGCUGGGGGAGACAUUAUGAAGGUGACUAUCAAGUAAGCCAAGACAACGGUUAUCAAGUGAGAGGAGACAAUGGCUAUCAAGGAGCCCGGGAUGGUGGAUAUCAAGGAGCUCGGGAUGGUGGGUAUCAAGGAGCCCGGGGCGGUGGGUAUCAAGGAGGGCGGGGUGGUGGGUAUCAAGGAAGGCGGGGCGGUGGUUAUCAAGGAAGGCAGGGAGGUGAUUAUCAAGUAAGACAGGACAGUGGGUAUCAAGGAAGACAGGACAGUGGGUAUCAAGGAAGGCGAGACGGUGGGUAUCAAGGAAACCAAGAAGGUGGAUACCAAGGAAACCGAAACAGUGGAUAUCAAGGAAACCAAGAAGGUGGGUACCAAGGAAACCGGAACAGUGGAUAUCACGGAGAUCGAGAUGGUGGGUAUUAUGGUGAUAGAGAUGAUGGGUAUCGAGGUGGUCGAGGUGGGGGGCGAGGUUAUGGUAGAGGCAGGGGCCGUAGUCGUGGUCGUGGUCGUGGUCGAAUGGGAGGCCGCUCUCAAGGUGAUACAAAUGUUGAUCAGGCUUAAAAGGGUUCCCUCCCUAAUUUCCUGAUCUUUUUUCUGAAAUACUCGCUUUGGCUUGCAUGUGCUGCGCUUUACUUUUUUCAGAACGAAAAGAAGAAUGAAAACAAAAAAAAAGAAGUUGCCUUUGAUGCAUUGAUAGUAAUGGGUUAAGUGUUGUGGUGGGUAAUGGCAUAAGGUUUUGUCGAUCUUUUUGCAACGCUAUGAUAAAAAUGACUAUUAGAAGAAGGCUUGGUUUUCUAUAUGCUGUUUUUUUAAUCUUUUAGCCUAAAGCAGGUAUCAUCAUCUCUGUAAUCAAUCAAACCUCAAUCUGUAGUGUAAUAGAAAAUGCAAUUUUUUUGUCCA